GAAGAUGAAUUCAGAAGAAGGAUUCACCGAGAACAGGAUUCUCAAAAAUACUGACGAGACCAAAAUCACUGAGGAUGGGCACAAGAAAAGAAUCAGCUACUCGUCCACUGUUCUUCGACAAGAUAGCAACGCCAACGAGAAGCAGUGGCCUGUAAAGAAAGAAGUGAAGGAGAAGGAGGAAGAGGAUGCUGCCACAGAGAUGGUCCCCCCAGACGGAGGUUGGGGCUGGAUGGUAGCUCUAGGAAGCUUCGUAAUAAUGACUUUGAUCCCUAUGGUCAGUCCCUGCUUCGGUGUGCUCUUCUCUCGGUACUUGAUGGAGCAGGGCGCCUCGUCCACCACCACCGCCUGGAUCUUCAACUCCCAAUGCUGCAUCUGGAACUUGAUGGCGAUCAUCACUCGACCGGUCACCAAGGAGUUUGGCUGGCGGAAGAUCGGCAUUUUCGGAGCUGCCUUGGCUGCCGUGUCCUUUGUUAUUUCAGCCUUUGCUCCCUGCCCUGAAUUCCUCUUCUUUUCGUUCUCCCUCUUGUGUGGCGUAGGCGGAGGGAUGGUGGUGUCGAUCUGUUUCUUGAUCGUGCCUAUCUACUUCGAUCGCAGGCGAGGGGUGGCAACUGCAAUCAUGAUGGCUGGGGUAUGCCUGGGGCAGAUGCUAGGUCCACCUAUUGCACGCUUCUUGCAAGACGAGUAUGGCUUCAGAGGAGCGACCUUGAUGGUUGGAGGCAUCAUUCUGAACGGUUGCCUGGGGGCCUCCUUCUUCCACCCCGUCGAGCAGCACAUGAAGAAAGGUCAGCCACAGGCAGGGAACCAACCUCUGGCAGGCGAGGCACCUCUGUUGCCACCAGAACCAAGCACUUUGGGCAGCAGAAGUAGAGAGUUGGUGAAGUGUCACUCUGAGCUGUCGCUUACGGACAGUACGGGUGACCCAGACUUUGACUUGAUGCGCAUUGCAGUUCGCUCAAGAAUGAUGAAAUCACGCGCUGGACGACACCUCAGCGAUGCCUCCACCAUCUCCAUCUCGAGAAAUAACUCGUCUCUUUGCAUAUCCACACUGGAUGUUGCCGGUAUUAUUGCCAUGCCUGACACCGACCAAAAUGACCCAUCGAACUUGGACAGCGACGACUCCAAGAAAACAUUGCCGUCCAUCUGUUCUGUCGUGUUCAGAGUAUUUCAGUCCACAGUAGCUGACAUGGGCAUCCUGAGGUCACCACGAGCCUGCAUCAUCGCCCUCUCCGGGACUUUCGGCAUUAAUGGGUAUCUCAACUUCAUGAUGAUGGUGCCGUUUGCGAUGCAGGCUGCAGGUCAGACGCUGGAGGAUUCCGCCUAUUGCAUCUCCAUCUCAGCCUUAUGCAACCUCCUCAUGCGGCUGUUGGUGGCGACGCUGUCAGACUGGCCAAGGUUCAACAAGCGACUUGUCUACGUCUCCGGCUACUUCACAGUAUCUUUAUCUAUAUUAGUGUUCCCGUUCCUGACCGAGCUGCCGUGGUUGAUGGCAGCGAUGGCUCUGUUUGGUUGUGGUGUUGGGGCCAACAUGGGUCUCUAUACUUUGGUUAUGAUCGACGUCAUGGGUCUGGACAACCUUCCACCUGUUUUCGGGGCCAGCUGCUUUAUGGUGGCCAUGGGCUUCAUCAUUCUAGGACCUAUCAUUGGGAUCAUCAGAGACAGUACCAACAGUUACAGUCUCAGUAUAUGGGUUGUGGCUGGUAUGCUUCUCACCAGCUUUAUGCUUUGGAUCUUCAUGCCUGCUGCUAUCCGCUACGACGAACGCAAGAUGAAGGAGAGAGAGGAAAAGGAGAAGUCUAAACCGUAGAUUAAGAUUAGGUAGAGGAUAAGUAAUGAUAAAUAUAGAUAAGAGGAGGAAGGAGGAUAAACGUGGAAGAAAAUUUUUGGAGAGAUGAAUGAAAAAAGAAGGUACAUUAUAAACUAAGGAAAGUGAAUUGAAAAGGAAAAAUUAAGAACACGAGAUAAAUACGAACUUUAAAGAAGGCAUAAUGCAUUUAUUGUAACUUGAUUUUAUCUCAUACUCGAAUGGACGAACGGUAGCAAGAGCCUUUCAUCAGCGCCAGGCGACCCUUUCUACCCUUUCAGGGGCUUAGACGUCAGCGUCCUGUUAACGUAACGAAUCAUCACUCAGCAUCUAUGACUUAUGAGUCAGUAAAACAAAACUCAUCUUUAAACUACCAAGAGACAUAAGUCUUAGCACCUCAAGAUCGACGUUUGCAGCACCAAGAACUGUUCUCAGCAGCAAGACUGUUCUCAGGACCCAGGACCCAACUCAUAGGAAGCCGAAUGCCAGUACCCGCCUUUUGUACUAACACACUCAUGAUAAAGACCGAAAAGAAGACACAAAACUUUUUUCCCUUGGGAGUGGCAGAUUCUUGUGAUACCAAUCGAUUAUUUAUGAAUUAGACACAAUUAACUUAUUUAUAUGAUAAUAGUCUGUCUCUCUUCAUUUGUUUCUACAUCAACUUUACCACUACACCUCCAGCCUCCUUAUGGUGUAUGUUGACAGUGUUUACUUCCCGGACAAAACUUCGUGUAUAAACAACCUUUUUUGUCAACCUGAAAUUUUCUCUCCUUUUUUUUAACUAAUCUCUCAAAUGGUUAAAUGCUUUUUCUACUCGAUUUAUUCUUGUUCUUAUUUCUCUCUCACAUCUACCAUUACAAUAUAUUUUUAUAUCCCAAUACACAAUAUUAUCCACUUCCUCGUGUCCACUGUCGCCUAACGCAAACAUCAGUUUAGGAUUAAUUUGUAAUUUAUGAACAAUCAUUCCUUCAGUUUUUACACCAGAACUGUGUCAAUAGUAUUUCUCUCUAACGACUAAUUUAUUACUCAGUUAUUGGCUCUUCCUUGUUAAGUAGGAACAGUUUGUCUUACUUUACUUUCCUAGUACAGUAGUUACUUAUUUUCUUUCCUUGCUGCUUAAACUUCUCUCAGAAAUAUUAUGAAUAUAUAUUAUAUAAUGUUAUAGAUAACACCCAGCUUCGUCUAACACUGUUCAGUCAUAACCUCAAACCAGGUGAGCCUUCCUGAUGCCAGUAAAUAAGAGCCGAUGUUUAUGUAUGUAUGUGUGUGUGUGUGUGCGCAACAUGUGCGUAUGUGUACGUGUUUGUGUGUGUGCAUGUGUGUGUGAGUGUGUGUAUGUGUAAGAAAUAACGCCACUUUGCCGUCUGCGUGUAGGGCGAGGCACAACCACUGCCACUGUUGUAUUUAUCCUACCAGUACGUCACCAUAUACGUAGGUGUUACUAAAUUUUCUCGCUGUAGUGAUGGUGAAGUCUAAUUUAACCUUCUCGUGCCUCGUGGUGGGGCCUCAUUCUUUCGACCUUUAACCACCUACAGUACAGUGUCCGUGCCAUCGCCUGCUGUAUGCAAAUUAUUUCGAAUUUCUUACGUAUUGUUCUAUGUUUUUGUCGUGUAUAUAUAUAGUAUUUAUAUUUCUUUACGUAUUCUAUGUAACUGUUGUUAACUCUGUUGGCUUUUUACCUACCUGAAGGGAUCAGCUAUAAGAAGUUAACAUUAGUACAGAGUUAAUUAAUCUUUCAUUAUGAUCGAGAAUAAUAUUUUUGAUAAGCCUCCUGCUGGCAUAAAUAUCAGGAAAAUAUAUGCUAUUUUCUGUA